AUGACGCGCCUUCUCCCUCUGCUGCUGCCGCUAGCAGCAGCAGCAGCAGCAGCAGCAGCAGCAGCAGCAGCAGCAAGCGAACCACACAGUGUACAUACACCCGAGCAGCAGAGCUGCCCCGCUCACAGCUGGCUAGAGGAGGAGAUAUCCUACCUCAGCAGCCCCCCAGCAGCAGCAGCAGCAGCAGCACCAGCAGCAGCAGCAGCAGCAGGAGAAACAGCAGCAGCAGCAGCAGCAGCAGAGGAAAACACAGAAACCCUCAAUGCUGUUGAGGUUGGUGAUUAUGUUGAGCUCACCGAAGAAGCCCUGCAGGUGGCGCUACAGAAAAGACCGACGGCGUUGGUGCUGCUAGCGGACUCCAGGUGUACAGACAGCUCCCCUGUCUCUGUUGCUUUUUCGGGUGUAUCGCGAGCUUUCUCUCGUUUGUCUUUAUUAGAGCCGAGGGUUUUGUUUGUUAAGGUUCGAGCAACGGGGAGAACGGGGGUUCGUCAGGGGGACCGAAGGAGCUGCAGCAUCUUUCUUCGUUACGAGCAGCGUAUCCCGCUAGCAGCAGCAGCAGCAGCAGCAGCAGCAGCAGCAGCAGCAGGAGAUGCAGCAGCAGCAGCAGCAGCAGCAGCAGAAGGAGCAGCAGCAACAGCAGCAACAGCAGCACAGAAAGAGCAGCAAGACUAUCUCACUCUCUUCUUCCCCGAGACAUCUACACAAGAAGAUAUUAAACUACAAAUCAUAAAACUUGCUUACCCUUCUUCUCUCCUCGUCAGCAACAAACCCUUCCUCGAUCAGCUCCUCUUUGAGUUUCCUUCUUCUCUCAUUCGUUUCUUCCCUAGUUCUGCUGAUAUAACCCCCGUGCCUUCUAGGGUUUUGGUUGCUGCUAUGCGUUUCCCUAUAUAUGACGUCUUCGAUUCAUCUAUUGCUUCUUCCUUUGACGUGAAACCCCCGCGUCAGCUGCUGCUGCGGCCAAAGGGUUUGCGGGAGGAGUUUUCUAUGGACGAUGAAGAAGAGCAGAUUCGUUUGUCUCGUGCCCUCGAGGGAGAACAACCCCCCGCCACCAGCUUAAACACUCUCACUGCUCCUUCGAUAUUCACGGAGCUUCGUCCUGUUGUCUUUUUCUUUGGGGGGGCCCAACCCGCAGUUGCUGAGGAGUCGGCGGUUUGUGCUAAACCCUAA